AUGGAUGAGGCCCAAAAAGAUUUAUCUCAGUCGUCGGAAAUCAAGAAUAUUCUUCCGGAUGUCGUUCAUUCACAGCAGAUUUCCUCAUUGGAAGCCGUAGUAGAGCGUAAUACAGACUCUGAAGCUGACACAACGCAACAAACUCACGAGAGCCAAGGUAACGAUAUUCAAGACGUUGAGGAUGUUAGUGCUACAGAAUCGAUAUCAGAGCACAUUCCUUUCAAAGGUGAAUAUUCUAUUACUGAAUCUGAGCCUGGCCAAUCAUUAUCCCAACAUGGGUUGCUUAAAGUGGAGCUAAACAGUGAACAAGAAUCAAAAAGCUCUUUAAAUAUUCCAUUAUCACAUCAAAAAAACAUUAAUAGUCCAAACAUACAAGAAAGUCAACAUAGUGCUUCUUGGAAUCUCGAUGCUAAUCAGUCAGAUGUACAUAUUAGUGAAGAAAGCCCAGUAAUACUUGCUUUAUCAUCUGAUACGUCUAAAGAACUGCUAAAAACAAAAUCACAAUCAUCCAGUUCAAGUAAUCAUGACUCUGACGAAUCUCCAAGAAGUGAGUAUAUUGAUUCACUCAAUGAUAACUCCAGUCACCAAUCAUUAGAUGGCAAAGAAAAUGAUGACAAUUUUAAAGAGAAAUCUAAUUUGUCCAUGGAUAAAGGGCCAGACUCCAUAGAACAAUGUAGUUCAGGGUCUGAGGAGAUAAUUAAAUUAGAUAUAAGAGGGCAAGCUGCGCCAAAAUAUCCAUUUCAAGCAGCAAAAAUCUUUUUUGGUCCACCACCAGAUGGGAGUACAAUAGUAGGGCCCAAUUUAGAGCCACUGCCGGUCUUUCAAACUUUGUUAUCCCCUUGUCUUGUUGGUGCUAGUGAUGGUGUCACGGUUGAGGAAGUAUUUGAAGAAAAAUCAGAAUGCAUUGUGAAAGAAGCUUCUCCGGAGAAAUCCUUAUCGCCGUCAGUAUGUAGUGUUAGUGACAAAAUAGAACAAGAUGUAUUGGUAGAGGAAAUGACGGUGGAAGAUGAAAUAAAAGAGAAAAAUUAUGAGGGAACUACACCUCCUAAAUCCUUUGCUCCUGAAGACAUGUCCUUUAAUACUAUGAGUACUGACUAUAAGACAAUAUGUGAAGAAUAUCAUGUUAAGCUUGUGCACUUGGAAGAAGCUAUCGCACACCGCGACCAACUAAUCGAAGAGCUAACGCUCUCAUUGCAGCGUUCGGUUCAGGAUCGAGACGGUCUGAAACACGAAAAUGAGCACCUCGCAAAUGAAGUACAAAACUUACAGCAUGCUAUCGCGGAGAGAUCUAACUCCGACCACGACACUAUGAAAGGUCAACUAUCUGAUUACGUUAAAUACCAAACAAUGCUGAAAGAGGACACUACAAAGUUUUAUUCCGCGCUAAUGAGUGGAACAACGUCCUUACAAAGCUCUAAUGGCGAGAAGGACAUGGAUAGAGACGAGAUCACUGUAAAUUAUUCCAAAUCUGACCUACGAUCGACUGGCUCCUCAGACGAAUUUCAAACUGGUUUCGAGAACAAAUUGACGUCACUUCUCAAUACAUUCGAAGGAUAUAUAGAGGAAAGUUUAAGGAAUAAACUGCGUGAAAGCCUUAUUCAAGUCCUCUGUGAUGAAAUUGGUAAAAUGAGAGUGGAAUACGACACUGAUGUAAAAGAGCUCGAAAGCCAGGUGAAACAAGAAAAACAAACUUAUACUACAGAAACCAGAAAAUUAAGAGAACUCUUGUCUUCCGUUAAAGCUGGUAAUGCAGAUAUAGAUGAAUUAAGGAUGGAGUUAAGUAUUAAACAUGAAAAGGAGAUGGAGAAUUUAAGGACAUAUUUCGAAAAGAAGUGCUCAGACAUGGAAAGAAGCUACUCGGAGGAGGUUUGGCGCGGGCGCGCGGCCGUGUCGCCGCCGCCCGAGCCCGAGUUGGCGGCGGGCGACGCGCGGCGCCGCACGCGCUCCGUCGACUUCCCCGCUUGGAGUUUUGAGACGUCUACACCGAUAGAAAAUACGUUGAAACUAACUAAUAAGAAACUGGAGCAACAGUUGGAGGAUCUGAAAGCAGAACAUAUUACAUACAUCAAUGAGCUGCAAGCUAGACAUAAAGAGACCAUUGCUGAUCUUGAAGAGCAGAUAACACAGCUUAAAGCGCACAUCCAGACUGCAGAGAACACAGAGGGCCACGUGUCCUCUCUCUACCAGCAGGACAUAGACCUGGAACUGGAGAAGGAGGGGCGCGACGCCGCCGCGCGCCGCGCCGUGCUGCAGCAGGUGCAGGACCAGCUGCAGGUGCUACUGUCUGACCCAGACGCGGAGCUGUCAAGUUGGCCGUUGGAGCUCGUGGCGCUGCGGGAUCGUAUCCAUGCUGAGAAAACGCAAGAUAAAGAGAGCGUCCGAGACGACGUGCCGGCGGGCGACGCGGACAAGUGGCGGCAGCGGCGCAACUGCAGCUUCGACCAGAAUAGACAGCUCGAAGAGGUCACUAAGGAGAGGGACGGGUUCAGGCGCGUGGCGCUGGCGCUGCAGCGCGCCGUGGCGCAGCUGGUGGCGUACUGCGCCAGCGCCGAGGACGAGCUCAACAACACCGUGCUCGCGCAGCUGCUGGGUGCCUCGCACGAACAAUCCCUGGAGCUCGACUCGCGGCCGUGCAGCCCGGCGGACGCCGAGGUGAGGCACGUGCACUUCGCGCCGCAGUUAGGCGCAUUGGCGACCUUGGACACGGAGGGCGCGCUCGCCUUCCUGCAGCAGCAGCGCGACCUCAGCGCCGACCUCAAGCGCGAGCUCGAGCUCUCCCUCAAGCGCCUGCGGGAUGAGGCGCACGACCUGCUCGACCUCGCCGCCAGGAGAGCCGAGAUACAAGGGCGACAAGAGUGCAGGAUGCUGGAGGCGAGCUCGGACGCGCUGCCGGCGCCGGAGGAGCUCGGGGAGGCCUGCCGCAGCUGCCAGCUGCUCAGGACGAAGACGGAGGCAGCGCUGUCGGAGUGCGCGGAGCGCGAGGCGCUGCUGCGCGCCGACCUGGAGGCGGCCGCGCUGAAGAUCGCGCAGCUGCUGGCCGACGCGCCGCACUCCGACGUCAUCGCCGAGGGGUACGGCACGGGCGCGGGCGCGGGCGCUGGGGCGGCGUGCCGCUCGCUGGACGACGCGUCGCCGCGCGCGCAGCUGGGCUCGCUGGCGCGCGAGCUGGACGCCGCGCUGCGCGACCGCGACGACGCGCGCCUGCAGCUGGAGGCGGCGAACCGUCAGCUGCGCUCGACGCGCAAGUUCGUGGAGGAGCAGGAGGCGGAGCGCGAGGCGGAGCGCGACGAGUUCGCGGCGCGCCUGCGCGACCUGCGCGACGACAACGAGCGCCUCGCCGCGCGCCUCGCCACCGGCGCGCGCGUGCUCGCGGAGGUGGAACAACUGGAGGCUCAAGCACGUGACAUGAACCAAAUAAUAACGGAACUAGAAACUCGCAAGGCCGCCGCCGACAAUGAGUUGAAAGCCACCGAGGAGAAGAUCAUUCUUCUACGAGAUAUUAUAGCUAAUUUGGAAUCUCAGCUGGAGCAGAAGACGGCGAGAGAGGCGGAAGUGUUGGAGCAGUUGGAGGAGAUGAAGCGGACGAUAGAGGAGAGAGACAGCAAGAUGAGGGCGGUGCUCGGCGAGCUGGAGUCGCUGCGCAGCGAGCGCGACGACGCCGCCUGCGCGCGCUGCGCUGCCGCCGGCGCGCGCCACGCGCGCCUCGUCCACAGGGUCAAGCGACAGGCGCUGCGGCUGGAGCGGCGCGUGGCGCGGCGCGCGCGGCGCCUGGAGCGCGCGCACGAGUGCGGCUCCGCCUCCGGCUCCGAGCGCACCGAGGACGUGUCGCUGCGGGACCGCCGCCUCGAGGCGCAGUGCGGUUCGGGCUCGGGGUCGGGCUCGGGGUCAGGGUCGGAGAGCGCGUGGUCGGAGGAGGAGUGCGAGGCGGAGGGGGCGCUGGCGCGCGUGCGCGGCGCGCUUGCGGCGGCGGCGCGCGCGGAGGACGCGGCGCUCAAGCGCAUCGCCGACCUGGAGAUGCAGCGCGCGCAGCUCGCGGACGUCGCGCAGCCCGCGCGCGCCGUCGCGGCGGCGGCUGGCGCGCCUCCAGCGUCUAUUGGCCGCGGCUCGUCACAUCGCUAUCUACUGUUUAGUUCAGUUUGGCGCCUU